AUGAUUUCCACGAGGGUGAUGGACAUUAAGCUUCGGGAGGCCGCGGAAGGCCUUGGGGAGGACAGCACAGGAAAGAAAAAGUCCAAAUUCAAAACGUUUAAGAAGUUCUUUGGGAAGAAGAAGAGAAAGGAAUCUCCUUCCACAGAGAGUAGCACCUGGAAACAAAGCCAGGCGAAGAAUGAGGUCAUUGCCAUCGAGUCAGGGCCAGUGGGCUACUACUCAGAGGAUGAGCUGGAGGAGUCAAGGGGCACGCUGGGCAGCCGGGCCCUCUCACACGACAGUAUUUUCAUUCCUGAAUCGGGACAGGACCCUCCUCGGCCGGUGCGGGUCUUUUCCCAAGAAAAUGUGUGUGACCGGAUUAAAGCUUUGCAGUUAAAAAUACAGUGUAAUGUGAAAAUGGGGCCGCCACCUCCUCCUGGGGGCCUUCCGGCCAGACGGGGAGAUGAUGCUGGCAUGAGCUCUGAGGACGACGGUCUGCCCAGGAGCCCCCCAGAGAUGUCCUUGCUGCACGACAUCGGCCCCGGCACCACCAUAAAGGCAAGUGUACUUAGUCAAGUUCAUACGAGCGACACCUCCGUCUCCCCCAGGACCUCGGACGGCAGUGUGGCCCCCGUGGCUGAUUUCGAUUAUCCCCCAGAAUUCUCCUCCUGCCUGGACAACUCUGCGGCCAAGCACAAGCUCCUGGUCAAACCCCGCAACCAGCGGUGCAGCAAAAUGCGGCGUCUGUCCUCGAGAGCGCAGUCCGAAUCCCUGAGCGAUCUGACGUGUACCCCAGAGGAGGAGGAAUACGACGAGAAGCCUCUACCCAAAGUCAGCACGGAGGAGAAGCCCAGUUCUGGGCAGCAGGAGGGGGGACAGGACAGAGGCGCUGAGCCUGGGGGGCAGGCGACCAUGCUGCCACCUGUGGGGCCCCGUGCGCGGCGGGCGCGCCUGCAGCACUGCCCGGCGCUCACCGCCAGCACCGAGGAGGAGGACCCCCCCGGGGAGAACCCCUCCAGCCGUUUGGCCACCCCGGAGGUCAUGGAGGUCACAGAGCCCGUGUCGAGCCCACACCCCCGCUCGGAGUCCCCGUCUUGCCCAGAAGGCUCCCCGCACCCUCACCCUAAUCCCGACAGCGAAAACCCAAGGGAGGAGCUGUCCCUGGAAACCCGGUGUCCCCCCAGCGGGGACACAGCAGACGAGGUGGUUUGUGCUUCGGGAGACGUCGAGGGUCGAUUAUCUCCCUGCAUCCCCGAGGGGGACACGAUCCCUCCCGAGCCCGGACCCAUAGCCACCUGGGAGACGCCCUCUGGUCCCGACGGGCCAGACCACACCGGUCCGAAGGAGGUGCGACUGACCCUGGACGCUCUGGGUCCCCAGGGCGCAGGGCCAGCAGCCCCGGCCCCCAGCCCGCCGGCCCCCAAGAGCUGCUUGAAGCACAAGGCCUCGGCUGCGACAGCGAACGCGAGCCUCGGCGCGGCCCCCUCACCGCCUGCCUCGGAGUCGCCUGCAGAGGCGCCCGCACCCCGAUCCCUGGACCAGGAGGCGGCGCCCCCGGAGCCCCCCAGGGCCGAGCGGGAGGGAUCCCCCACGGAGGCGGCGGCGCCGGAGCGCAAGAUGGAGCGAGGAGGCCGCGAGGCGCGGGCCGCCAAAAAGUUCUCGGUGUCGUCGGGCCGCGAGUGGCCGCGCGCGGGGGGCCGCCUGCUGGAGCCCCGAGGCCCCGCCGUCCGGCUGCCGCUUCUUAGGAGCGGUCCGGCCUGGAAGAGUGAGGCCGCCCUCGAGGACCUCCCGGCGCCCGCCGAGCCCCAGGGCCCGAAGCCCGGCCCUCGGAAGCCGCCCGCCCCGGCCGAGCGCGGCUCUCCGGACGCGGCCACCGCGGACCCCGGCCCAGCCGCCCGGGAGAGGCCAGCGGGCGGGGACGGAAGCCCCUUCCCGGUCAAGCUCCGCUCCACGUCUCUGUCCUUCAAACACAGAGAAGCGCCCUGCCCGGAGGGGAGGGGAAUCAAGAGGUACAGCGCGGAGGUCCGGCUGGAGAAAGGAGGGCUGACUUUGCUCUCCAGGAACCACAAGGGUCCGCCCGGGACGGGCCCCGCCGCCCGAGGCGCCAGGUCUCCCAACGAGGGGAAGGCGAAGACCCGGUCCGCCGAGCACCUCAGCUCCAAGCCGCCCCUGCCCAGGAAGCCGCUACUGCAGACCCUCACCCUCCCCCAGCUGCCCGCGCCCCCCGACGCCAGCCCCCGGGACCCCGAAAAGGUAGGGCCGUCCGCCGACCCCAGGAAGGAGAGCCAGGCGGCGGAGAGGAAGUCGCCCCACAGGGCAGCUGGAAGGGUGAUACCACCAGCAUCUACAGGGCCUGGGACCGACGGCCAGCCCGCGCCACCCUGGAUCACCAUCGGGCGACAGAAGCGGCGAGGGGCCCCGGAGCAGCCAUCCAUCCAGGAAGACAAGCCUGGGGCUGGGACCUUGAAGUCUGACACAGGAAGGCCAGCCAAGGCGCCCGAGAGAACCCAGGAGUCCGUGAAGCAAGCCGACUUCAUCCGCAGCAAGUCUUUCCUGAUGGCCCCUGCCAAGCCCGCUGUGGACCAGAGGCAGGGGACAAAGCUCCACCUCCAGGAGGGGCUGCAAAGAGGGAUCUCCUUGUCCCAUCAGAACUUGGCCCAGUCGGCAGUGAUGAUGGAGAAAGAAUUGCAUCAGCUGAAGAGGGCCAGCUAUGCUAGCACAGACCAGCCAUCCUGGAUGGAACUUGCCAGAAAGAAGUCACAAGCUUGGAGCGACAUGCCCCAAAUUAUAAAAUAG